AUGGCUACUAGUAGUAGGUGGACAUAUGGUGGCUAUAGCUAUAACUUUGUUGAUAGUGACCCUCCUGAUGAGUAUCUAUGCCACAUCUGUACACUGGUAGCACGGGAUCCUCAACAAGUUACCUGCUGCUACAAUAUAUACUGUAAGAGCUGUCUGGAUACACUAAAAGAGAAGGGCCAAGGGUUUAUCUGCCCAACUUGUCGUAGCUCACUAGAAGGAAAGUACUUUAAAGAUGGAAGAGUAGAAAGGGGAAUAAAGUCACUUAAGGUUUAUUGUACUAACACUGAUAGUGGGUGCCGAUGGAUGGGGACUAUUAAGGAUAUUGAUACUCAUCUUAAUAGUUGUAUUUAUCAACUGGUACAUUGUACUAAUGAGUGUGGGGUGAAAAUUAAGAGAAGUAAAUUGGAGACACAUCUGACAGACAAAUGUCCUAAACGAUUAGUCAACUGUAGGUAUUGCAAACAAGAAGGCACAUACCAAGUGAUAACAAGCAUAAGCCAUUUAAAGGAGUGUCCAGACCUCCCGUACCAAUGCAGUAAUGAAGGUUGCCAUGAGAAGAUACCACGACAUUCACUAGGAUCACACAAUGAGACCUGCCCUAAAGCUAUCAUACCAUGUGAAUACAAUACUGUUGGAUGUAAUAAGAAAAUGAAGAGAGAAGAACAAGAGAAGCACAAUGAAGAGUCAAUGAAACAACAUCUUGAUAUAGCAAUGAAGAAGAUUGAUGCUAUGCAGCAUUCAAGUAAUCAACAAGUCUUUAAACUACAUGGCUACAAAGACAAGAAAGAAGAAGAUAAGAAAUGGUACAGCCCAGGCUUCUACACAUCACCAGGAGGAUAUAAGAUGUCACUACGUGUUGAUCCUAAUGGUAAUGGCAAAGGUAAAGGUACACAUGUCUCUUGCUUCAUGUGUCUUGAGGCAGGAGAAUAUGAUGAUACAUUGGAGUGGCCAUUUCAAGGAGAAGUUACUAUAGAACUACUGAAUCAACUGGAGGAUAAGAAUCAUAAAAAGGAAAAUGUAUCAUUUGAUGAAUCAACACCAGGUCAAGGUAAGGAAAGAGUGAAUGAAGGUAGAAACACAGUAGGAAUGGGUCAUCAGAAAUUUAUACCACAUGAAGCCUGGGAGUUUGAGUAUAAUCCAUUCACUAAUUGUCAGUAUCUUAAAGAUGAUAGUCUGUACUUCAGAGUCAGUGUAAAGGCUACAUCAAAGACAAAGCCAUGGCUAGCAUUAACAUAAAUAUACUACACCCUUAUGUGCUCUUUUCAUUAUGUAUAGUUUUCUCUUGAGGGAAGGUGACAUAUUUUUUCAAGAUGUACUUGCACAAUAGUAAUGUUUGUAUGCUUGUAUGACAGUGACAAUACUCUUUUAUAUUAUCUUAUAUAGUACACAUGUAUACACUCUCAGUCUCUUUCUUAUCCUCAUUAUAAUUAUAAUUGGCAUUAUGUAUACACUACACCAUAACUCUUA